AUGCUAUUCGAUCAACUUUGGGAUUUUUUGAUAUCUCAUCCCAUCUCAAUAAUUAUCACUUUAUUGAUUAUCUAUCUCACUCACAUCACAUUAAAACCACUAAAUCGAGUGAGAAGAUUAGGAGAUGUCGGUCUGUUUUUUGGGAAACCUGAGUUGAGAGGAUUCUAUCGAGAAAGGCAGCUGGAAAGGCUGAAAUUAUUGAGAAGAAUCGGAGAUCUGCCACCAGUUUUCCCGAAUGGAUGGUAUUGUGUUUGUGAGUCGGAGAGGUUGGCGAAGAAUCAAAUUAUGGAGAUUACGGUUUUAGGGCAAUUCCUAUCCCUAAUCAGAUCCGAAUCUGGUAAUGUCUAUAUCACUGACUCAUAUUGCCCUCACAUCGGUGCAAACUUUAACAUUGGAGGACGCGUGAUUCGAGACAACUGCAUUCAAUGCCCAUUCCACGGCUGGAUUUUCAGUGCAGAGACUGGAAAAUGUGUGGAAAUUCCAUAUGACGACGGCAGAAUUCCUGAGCAGGCUAGAGUCACAACAUGGCCGUGUAUUGAGAGAAACAAUAGUAUUUACCUGUGGUAUCAUUGCGAUGGAUUAGAUCCUGAAUGGGAGAUUCCAGAGAUUUCGGAAAUAACUCAAGAGAUUUGGAAUUUCGGGGGAAGAACUGAACAUGAGCUGAUGUGUCAUAUCCAAGAGAUUCCGGAGAACGGAGCAGAUAUUGCUCAUUUGAAUUAUCUACACAAGUCGGCGCCUCCAAUCACAAAAGGAUCUGAUAUCAUAGAGACAGAUCUAUCAAAUCCGCAGCCAGUUGUUCAGCAUGUUUGGGAUGGAAAGUGGGAAGUGAAAUCAGAAGAAAACAAACAUUGCGGAGUCAUGCAUCUGAAUCAGUAUAUGACGAUUUGGGGGUAUCGAGUACCGUUGACUGAUAGCAAGUUGAUAGCAGAGCAGCACGGUCCUGGAAUCGUCCACAUGAUAUUCGACUUUGGUAUCUGGGGAAAAGGAGUUGUAUUCCAGACGGUCACCCCAGAAGAACCACUUCUUCAACGAGUCCGUUUCAGAAUGUUCUCGAAUAUUCCAUGGUUCUUUGUGAAAUUUUUUAUGACUGUGGAAGCGAUGCAAUUCGAGAGAGAUGUGUUUAUUUGGUCAAAUAAGAAAUAUAUUAAAUCUCCGCUACUGGUGAAAAAUGACGGGCCGAUUCAGAAGCAUAGGAGAUGGUUCUCCCAAUUCUACACAGAAAACAGUCCUCGAAUGCUGAAAGAUGGAAGUUUAUCAAAUCAAGCGAAAUCCAUUCAUGACUGGUGA